CUCCAACUCCCCGACUGCGGUCUCUCACCAACACUUCACCCGGUUCCUCGUUGCUUUAGCUAAUUUCUAUCCUUACUUGACCCACUUUGUCUCUCGAUCUACCGCAGUCCAAUUUCGGCAUUUCCUAUGGAUCUCGACGCUGGCGACUCCCCGUGGGGCGACGUGCCUUCGCAAUCAACCACCAGCCAUAAUGUGCCACAAUCCGAAGCGGAAGAAGCUUCUCCGGAACAACCGACACAACAAGCUAGCUCCAAUGCCCCCCGUUCUCCCGUACGACGAGGCCCACGAGGCACCCGAAGAAUCAAUGCGCAGGCGACAAAGCUAGAAGCGGUGGAUGACUCGUUUGAUCCGCUUGGUCCACUCGGGGACAAGGCCGAGAGCAGUCCCCAUGAACAGGCACCUACCCCGCCCCAGAAGGAGGCUUUCGCAGGGCGCAAUGUUCGGCCUACAUCAUCUGCAUCCCAGGUGUCUGCUGGAGCCACACUGUCGGAUUCUGUGAACUUGGAAGAGGACGGGGCGGGAUUCAGAGGGCCUCCGCCAGUACAACCCCCGAGUGAUGCGGAAGGGUCGAAACGCCAAUCCCAGCCCAGCAUCAGUGUUGAGAAAGCUGCGAACCCGACUUUUGAGAUCACCGUCGGCGAUCCGCACAAAGUCGGCGACCUCACGAGUAGUCAUAUUGUGUAUCAAGUGAGAACCAAGACAACUUCCAAGGCAUACCGACAGUCAGAAUUUACUGUCAGCCGCAGAUACCGUGAUUUUCUUUGGCUGUAUAAUUCGAUGCAUAACAACAACCCCGGUGUUGUGGUUCCCCCUCCUCCAGAGAAGCAGGCGGUGGGCCGCUUUGAUACGAACUUUGUCGAGUCCAGACGAGCUGCCCUCGAGCGGAUGCUGAACAAGAUUGCGGCGCACCCUAUUCUCCAGCAUGACGGUGACCUGAAGAUCUUCUUGGAGAGCGAGACCUUCAACAUGGACGUAAAGAACAAGGAAAACAGAGAGCCGGAUCUCGGCCAAAACAAGGGCAUGUUCAGUUCGUUUGGAAUUAACGUCGGCGGUGGUGGGAAGUUUGUCGAGCAUGAUGAUUGGUUCCAUGACCGGAAGAUCUACCUUGACGCCCUGGAGAAUCAACUCAAGGCAUUGAUGAAAUCUGUGGACACGGUGGUGGCGCAGCGCAAGGGACUGGCCGAGGCUGCUGGUGACUUUUCGGCAUCCCUCCAUGCGUUGGCAGCUGUCGAGCUGUCGCCUACACUUUCUACCCCUCUGGAGGGCCUUUCCGACCUUCAGCUACGCAUAAGAGAGCUGUACGAACGCCAGGCUCAGCAGGAUGUUCUCACUCUGGGAAUCACAAUCGACGAGUACCUACGCUUGAUUGGCAGUGUCAAGACUGCUUUCACUCAACGCCAGAAGGCCUUCCAUAGCUGGCACGCGGCGGAGGCGGAAAUGCAGAAGCGCAAACAUACCCAGGAGAAGCUUCUCCGACAGGGCAAGACGCAACAGGACCGUCUGACUCAGAUCAAUGCCGACGUGGCCGAUGCGGAAAGGAAAAGUCACCAGGCGCGGCUGCUGUUCGAGGAUAUGGGUCGGCUGAUGAGAAAUGAGCUACAGCGAUUCGAGAAGGAGAAGGUUGAGGACUUCAAGUCUGGCGUUGAGACCUUCUUGGAGAGUGCGGUUGAAGCUCAGAAGGAGUUGAUCGAGCUCUGGGAGACGUUCCUCUUGCAACUCGAUGCGGGUGAAGAAGGCAAUCCCCUUUACGGCAACGCGGGCGAUGCUGCGCCUGCGGUCCAGGGGGCUGCCGAAGCUACUCCAACAGAAGAGGCAUAGGCAUCUGUACAAAAGCAGCCACGACUCAUUGAUGUCCCAUCCAUUUCCCUUGUGUCUCAUCACGUAAAUUGUCACUCCGUCUACUUACUGUGAAAUGCGGCCCACACUUGUUUUCUCUUCUGGCGAGUCUUUCACGUAUGCAAUCGGAACACUAUCUACCAGCGUCCUGAUAUCAACGGUCCCCAAUGUAGCAUUAAUU